CAUAAACGUGCAAAACUAAAAGUUUUAAAGCUAAAUCGCUUUCAAAAGAGUUAGUAACCAGACAAAAAAGAGACAGAUCAUCGGCAACUAAUCUCGUCAUCGCAUGCAUCAUAAACCAAAUUAACUAAAUCAUCCAUUUAAUCCAUUUGUUCUUAUCAGAUCAUCCUUUUCCUUCCUACACAAGAAAUGGCGAAUUACAUGUCGGAAGCAGCACAGCUCAGAAGAGGUCUAAAGCCUAAAGGGAAGACUUAUGGGUUGACCAAUCAGAAGAGACGAGAGAUCAGAGAGAUCUUUGAUCUUUUCGACAUAGACGGUUCAGGUAGCAUCGAUGCUAGCGAGCUCAACGUUGCUAUGAGGUCUCUUGGAUUUGAGAUGAAUAAUCAGCAAAUAAACGAAUUGAUGGCAGAAGUAGAUAAAAACCAAAGUGGAGCCAUAGAUUUCGACGAAUUUGUGCAUAUGAUGACAACCAAAUUCGGAGAACGAGACUCCAUAGACGAAUUGUCUAAGGCGUUUAAGAUCAUUGACCACGACAAUAAUGGGAAGAUUUCACCUCGUGAUAUAAAGAUGAUUGCUAAAGAAUUGGGAGAAAAUUUCACAGAUAAUGAUAUAGAAGAAAUGAUCGAAGAAGCAGACCGUGACAAAGAUGGAGAAGUUAACUUGGAGGAGUUCAUGAAGAUGAUGAAGAGAACCUCUUACGGCUAAGUAUAAAUCAAUUAGUAAUGGUUGUGAAUAAUAUUUGUUAAUCACCUUGAUUUAUAAUAAUAAAGAAGUUUGAUUUGUGGCUUGGUCGAAUAAAAAUGUAUUGUUGUAUAAAAAUAAUAAUGUAAUUCACAUCCAUUAUUUUGAAUAUGUAAAUGUCCUUGAACGAACAUUUGUUUUAUCAUUUUUUAUGUAUAAAUGUCUUUGACCAAAAAAUAAAUUAUGUAAAAUAUGAACC